UUCGUAGUCUUGCCCCUUUGGGUGGAGGGGGUGGUUCCGCCUUUCGGACCUCAAGGUUUCCCUAGGCAGACUGCCCCGCAGUCCUUUGUGGAAAGUGGUCUGGGCGAGUGAUGGCUGCGACGCGCGCAAGGCCCCAAACCCGAGAGAUCUUUACCACGAUGGAGUACGGACCGGUGCCUGAAAGCCAUGCAUGCGCACUGGCCUGGCUGGACACCCAGGACCGACACUUGGGUCACUACAUAAAUGGGAAGUGGCUGAAACCAGAACACAGGAGUUCCGUGCCUUGGCAGGAUCCCAUCACAGGAGAGAGUUUGGCCAGUUGCCUCCAGGCACAGGCCGAGGAUGUGGCCGUAGCCGUGGAGGCAGCCAAGGUGGCCUUUGAGAACUGGAGCAGCCUCACUGGGGCCCUUCGGGCCCAGCACCUGACCAGACUGGCCAAGAUGAUCCAGAAGCACCAGCGGCUGCUGUGGACCCUGGAGUCCCUGGCUACUGGCCGGGCUGUUCGAGAGAUCCGAGACAGGGAGGUCCCACUGGCCCAGCAGCUGCUCCAGUACCACGCCGGCCAGGCACACACCCAGGAGAAGGCUCUGGCUGGCUGGGAGCCUGUGGGGGUAGUUGGCCUCAUUCUGCCAGCCACAUUCUCCUUCCUUGAGAUGAUGUGGAGGAUUUGCCCUGCCCUAGCUAUGGGCUGCACUGUGGUGGCCCUCGUGCCCCCGGCCUCCCCAACACCCCUCCUCCUGGCUCAGCUGGCAGGCGAGUUAGGUUCCUUCCCAGGAAUCCUCAACGUGCUCAGUGGCCCUGUUUCCCUGGGGCCCGUCUUGGCCUCCCAGCCUGGAGUCCAGAAGGUGGCCUUCUGUGGAGCCGUUGAGGAAGGACGUUCCCUCCGGCAGACCCUGGCGGGUGGUGGUGCUGAGCUGGCCCUGGCACUGGGGUCAGAGUCACUGCUGUUGCUGACAGACACAGCAGACGUGGAUUCAGCCGUGGAGGGCAUCGUGGACGCAGCCUGGUCAGACCGCAGCCUGGGGGGCCUCAGGCUCCUCGUCCAGGAGUCUGUGUGGGACAAGACCAUGAGGCGUCUCCAGGCGCGGAUGAGGCAGCUGCGGGCUGGCCGAGGGCUGGACGGGGCCGUGGACAUGGGGGCCCGAGGGGCUGCCGCACAUGACCUGGCCCAGUGCUAUGUUCACGAGGCCCAGAGCCAGGGCGCACAGGUGUUCCAAGCUGGCGAUGUACCCACAAAGAACCCAUUCUUUCCCCCGACCUUAAUCUCCAACCUGCCCCCAGCCGCCCCAUGUGCCCAGGCAGAGGUGCCAUGGCCUCUAGUCGUGGCCUCCCCGUUCCGCAUAGCCAAGGAAGCCCUGGCCAUGGCCAACGGGACGCCCCGGGGAGGCAGUGCCAGUGUGUGGAGCGAGAGGCUGGGGCAGGCACUGGAGCUGGGCUACAGGCUUCAGGUGGGCACAGUCUGGAUCAAUGCCCACGGCCUCAGCGACCCUGCAGUGCCCACAGGUGGCUGCAAGGAGAGCGGCUCUUCCUGGCAUGGGGGCCCAGAUGGCUUCUAUGAGUAUCUGCGGCCCUCAACAACCCCUGCCCGGCUGCCCUACCUUUCCGAGAGUCUGAACUAUGACACUUUUGGCCUUGCUAUGCCCUCAACCCUACCGGCUGGGCCUGAAACAGGGCCCAGGCCAUUGCCCCCUUACGGGCUCUUUGUAGGGGGCCGUUUCCAGGCUCCAGGAGCCCGGAGCUCUAGGCCCAUCUGGGAUUCCUAUGGCAGCAUCCAUGGCUACAUGGCUGAGGGCGGAGCCAAAGAUAUCCGAGGCGCUGUGGAGGCCGCUCACCAGGUCGCCCCUGGUUGGGUGGGCCAGUCGCCAGCAGCCCGGGCGGCUCUGCUAUGGGCCCUGGCGGCUGCGCUGGAGCGCCGGGAGUCCACCCUGGCCGCGAGGCUGGAGAGACAGGGAGUGGAGCUCAAGACUGCUAAGGUGGAGGUGGAGCUGAGCGUGGGGCGGCUUCGGGCUUGGGGGGCCCUCCAGGCCCAGGGCCACACCCUGCAGGCUGCAGGGCUGCAAGGCCCAGUGCUGCGGCUGCGGGAGCCUCUUGGCGUGCUGGCCAUCGUGUGCCCGGAUGAGUGGCCUCUGCUCGCCUUUGUGUCCCUGCUGGCUGCCGCCCUUGCCUAUGGCAACACCCUAGUCAUGGUGCCCAGCGGGGCCUGCCCCCUGCCUGCCCUGGAGGUCUGCCAGGAUAUGGCUACCCUGUUCCCAGCUGGUCUGGUGAAUGUGGUGACGGGAGACCGGGACCAUCUGACACGCUGCCUGGUCUUGCACCAGGACAUCCAGGCCUUGUGGUAUUUUGGAUCUGCCCAGGGAUCCCAGUUUGUGGAGUGGGCCUCCGCGGGAAACCUCAAGUCGGUGUGGGUGAAUGGGGGCUGCCGGCGGGCCUGGGAUCAGGAGGCCGAAGGGGCUGGCCCAGAGUUCAGGCUUCGAGCAGCACGGACCAAGGCCCUGUGGCUGCCCAUGGGGGACUGACCUGAGUGUGCACCCACUCCAACCUAGACAGAGAAGAGAGAACCCCAGUG